AUGGAGAUGUUAGAUUUUAACGGCCCGCGACUAGCGGUGCCUUUGGCGUUGGUGAAGCUAUCCCGUGCGGAGGUCUCUCGUAGAGAGGGCAUCCGCAAGCUACUGAUGGAGAAGGACUCCACCUGGAAGUUCGAGCUGGCAGAGCCAGAAGACGCCCGUGAGAUGCAAGGUUGGCUGAGAGCUGCCUUGAAAGAGACUUUGGAAAAGUUGCGUGAGCAGACGACUGUCAGCCCCAAUACAUCUGCCGAGGCUCUCAACUGGGCGCUGGACAAGCACAUCUGGACAAAGCAUUGCAAGUUCAGCAACGAGGCCUACCCUUGGGAGGACCUCAAGCCGAGAAAUUACGUCUCGAACAUCGUUGCGCUGGAAUGGCAGCAGUACCUCCUGGACAUUCAGGAUCAUAUUCUCGUCGGAGAGGAGGACAGACCGUACCAGCACGACCCAAGCGACCUGGACCAGUACCCCUCCAUGUCCGCUCCCAUAAGACCCAGUCCCAAAGGAAAGGGGGUCCAAAACCCCAACUGGAGAGCCCCUUUCCACCGAGGCAAGACCAGCCGCUCAACUACGGCCGUCGGGGGACCAGGCCUAGCUUCCAGCGCCAAUGCCAAAGCCAAAAGCAAGGGAAAAGCUAAGGCAAGCGGCUCAACACCACCAGCUCAGGGAUCGGCUCCCGCUGGCCAACCCAGUGGUUCAACUGCGGUUUCAAAGGAGCCAUAUGCUGUUGCCAUGAGCAACGCACCACCGUCUUGGGCCUCUGUGGGUGGGAAUAGAUCUCUUGCCACCAAGCGCGUUGGCGCGUUCUCUCAAGCUGUGGAUUGGGCCGAAGAGGCCCAAAAGGCCUCGGAUAUCCACGAUGCCAAGCGCCGGAAGCAGCUAGCAAAACAGGAGCAGGACCUGCGAGCGUGUGGGAUUACUCAUGAUGCCUUGCAAGGCAAUAUCACCGAUAACUGGAGACCGAGACAGUUGGGCGAGAACGGGCAGCGAACUGCUGUCCAAGCAGCCCCUGCUGCCAUGUCAUAUGCCAACGUGCUAAACACAGCCGCUCACCGGCCGGCUAUAGCAUCCGCUGCUGUUUCAAAGAAGCCAGCAAUUCUAUCACCACGACAGCCGAUCCUUACGGAGCCAACGGAUCAAGGUGCAUCCGGCAGCGCCACGGACAAUGCAGAGGUCCCAGACAUCAUAGUCCCAGACAUCAUAGCACCAAUGCCCGAGAUUACGGUCACACCAACUGCAGAAGUUGAAGCAGGCACUGCCGAGUCAGGCUCCGAGAGCGCUAGCUGCCCACCUCCUGCGGUAAAGUAUCAAAUGCCGUCGGUCGAUCCUACAAAUUUCGCACCUUUGCUCCCGCGACCUAUCAUCGCUCCACUACCAAGCAUCAUCGAGGAUAAGGAAGCAGGUGCACCCCAAACGGGCACUCCCGCAGCCGAAGAAGACGAUGAUGAGUACGAGACUCUGUACGCUUCCCCUCUUGCAGUUCGCCAGGAAAUUUGGCAAGAGUACUGCCCAAUUGGGGUAGCCCAAGGCUGCGAUGUCUUUGAGGUCCCGCUGACCCAUUACGAGGCCGAUGUGCUAGCUACAGAGGAAGCAGUGUAUGAUGCCCAUUGGUACUUUGUACAUGACUGCGUCACAAUCUGGCUCCUUGAAAUGACUCAUCUUAACGGUGAUUCAGGCUGGAAGCUCCAUGUCGACUUCACAAGGGAAGCUGAUACCGAGUUGGGCUAUGUUCGUCGAGAACUGGCCAACGUAUGGCGCAUGGUUUUGGAAUGGCUAGGCGCUGUCCGAGAGGACAAUUAUCCCCAGCGCAUCGAUCAGUACUUUAAAAGGCUGAUCAGGAGACAGGAACACAGGCUGAGGUACUCGCUCUCUUGUAACGCCAUCCAUCUUGGCUACUACAACUACAAUGCCCCAAGGCUUACUGGCUAA